UAAAGUAAAAUGGCCGCUGUUAUGUUGUUGAAGUAAUAAGUGUUUAAGUUAAAAACUUAAUCGUGCCAUGUUUAAAUAAUAAAAUGGACCAAAAAAAGAGUCCAAUACGACGGACUAAAAGAGCUGCAAAAGUGUUAGAAGAAAAUUAUUGGGAUUGUAGUGUGUGUACGUAUAGAAAUACAGCUGAAGCAUUCAAAUGCCUAAUGUGUGACGUGAGAAAAGGUACAUCGACCAGAAAACCUCGUAUAAAUCCAGCAUUAGUGGCACAACAAGUACCACAACAAUAUGUUCCUCCACAAUCAAGCUCAAAAAAAGAUCGAAAAGGUAUCAAAGGCUUAAAAAAACGACGACAUCCGCCCAGAUUGAAAAACGUAGAUCGUAGUUCAGCACAAACUCGUGAAGUGACUGUUAAUUCGGUUACAGUGGUAAUUACAGAAUAUAAACCAAAAGUUGUAAAAGCACAAGAACGUCUUUCAAGUAGUGCAAGUUCUUCGGAGCAUUCAGAAUCGAGUACAGAUGCAAAAUCAUAGCGAGCAUUGGAAUUCUGUAUACAGGCUGUGAAAUUGUGAGGUUAUUGUGCAUUUCUUUUUAACUAAUGCAUCUUCAUAUAUAUUUAUCCUCAUUGUUUAAUAGAACUGAAUACAGAAUUUUGUAAAUAUCAUUCAUAAUUUCUAGAAUGAAUUUGUUAUUUUCGAUAACGAAAUAAAA